CUCUGUGCUGUCAUGUGGCGUUUGCAGACACACAGGGAGAGUCUUUCAACAACAACCUGGGUGAAUAAAAACAACUCGGUGGCUCUUUGUGUCUCUUUGUUGGUCCGUUUCACACUCUCCCAUCAUGGCGUGGACUAAUUACCAGCUGUUCCUAGCUGGACUUAUGCUAACAACCGGAUCCAUCAACACAUUGUCGGCGAAAUGGGCUGACAUGUUCACAGCAUCGGGCUGCAAAGAUGACCCUGAGCAUAAAUUCUCUCAUCCAUUUGUACAGGCAGUGGGAAUGUUUCUGGGUGAGCUGAGUUGUCUCGCGGUUUUCUACAUCUUACUUUGCCAUGACCGACGUAAUCCUGAGCCAAAGAUAAACCCGGGUCAGAGCUUCAACCCUCUGCUCUUUUUCCCACCUGCCAUGUGUGACAUGACCGCCACCUCCAUCAUGUAUGUUGCUCUGAACAUGACAAGUGCAUCCAGCUUCCAGAUGCUGCGUGGAGCUGUCAUAAUUUUUACUGGGCUGCUCUCAGUGGCGUUCCUUGGGCGACGUUUGCUGCUCAGUCAGUGGCUCGGCAUCCUCAUCACCAUCCUUGGCUUGGUGAUCGUGGGCCUCGCUGACUUCUUCAGCGGGAACAAAGAUGAACACAAACUCAGCGAUGUCAUCACUGGCGAUCUUCUAAUCAUCAUGGCUCAGAUCAUUGUUUCAGUGCAGAUGGUUCUGGAGGAAAAGUUUGUCUACAAACAUGACGUCCAUCCUCUGAAGGCUGUUGGCACUGAAGGUUUCUUUGGGUUCGUGGUGCUUUCGCUGCUCCUCAUCCCGAUGUAUUUCAUCCACGUGGGUGACUUUAGUGGAAACCCCCGGGAGGUCCUGGAGGACGCUCUGGACGCCUUCUGUCAGAUCGGACACCAGCCUCUCAUCUUACUUGCUCUGCUGGGAAACACGGUCAGCAUCGCAUUCUUCAACUUCGCUGGCAUCAGUGUCACCAAGGAGAUCAGCGCCACCACCCGCAUGGUGCUGGACAGCCUGCGCACGCUCGUCAUCUGGGUCGUGAGCCUGGGGCUGGGCUGGGAGCAGUUUCAUGGCCUGCAGGUGCUUGGCUUCCUGGUGCUUCUGGUGGGGACGUCGCUCUACAAUGGACUGCAUCGCCCCCUGCUGUCCAGAUUACCAUGCUGUGAAGGGAUGGUGAGUUCAGAGGAGGAGGCCACUGCUGGAGAGAGGGAGAGGCUGCUAGUAAACGGCAGGGUGCCAGCGGCUGACGACAUCUAAAGUCAACAAAACACUGAUCAUAGACUGAAUGUCUGACACCAAACCUUUCACAUAUACUGUCACUGAAAAUGACUUUUUAAAUGUUUUUAGGUUCUCACCUCAGAUUUAACUGAGAGUCAAACACCAGGUAAGUGAACUGUACCUAAGUAAGCAGAUAUGUUACAACACUGCUGAAAUCAAGAGACAGAUAACAGGGAAGUCUGAGGGAGAUUUUUAUAGAAAUACAGGGUUUAUAAAUGGAAAAAGAAAUUGAAAUAAUGAGCAAAACUGAAAUAAUUUAAAGUCAGUUCCUGCAUUUGCUUUUGCAUUUCCUGUUUUUAUCUUAUUUUAUUUUUUAAGAACUUGAAUUGCCUUGGUGCUAAACCACUAAAGCAUGCUUGUAAAAAAUGACUGCCACAAAAAAAAUCAAACUUAAUGCCAGUUAUUUUGCAGAUUAUCUGUAAAAAAGAAAGAGAAUUUUGAUAUCUGUUUGAGUUUGAAUAUUUUAUUUCUUAUUUCUCUAUUUUAAGAACAGCUUUUAUUUUUUUUUAAGUGUUGAAGGCUAAGCAGUAUGAUCGUGCCAAAGUGUUUUCACUGUCACUGACUGAAUGCACUACAGAGAUCUGAUUCAGCGUUUCACUUUCAAACUGCUGACUCACUUUAGUCAUCUCAGCUGAGUUAAAAUCAUAUCAGAUGUUUUGCUGUUUUUAAAGAUUGUCUGUAUACUUGAUUUGUUUGUACAGAUGUAAAAAGAAGUCAGAACACCAAGUGGUUUGCACUUGUUAUCAUAGCUGUAAAUUUAGUGAUUUCAGGUGUUGACUGUAAGAGAACUAAAGGGAACUGUCAUUAAAUCUCACUGGCUGAAUAAUGUAACAGAAAUUAUAUGAUGCUAUGUAAUAAUGAAAAGAGACUUUUUAAAAAAAUACACUUUUAAAAUCA